ACUGGUGGUGGAUGAGGAGAUACCCCCUGUCUAUGUAAAGCGCUUUGAGUGCCUAGAAAAGCGCUAUAUAAAUGUAAGGAAUUAUUAUUAUUAAUUAUUAGCUGAUGACUGUAUGUGGAAUAACGUGGGGAAACUUCAUGUUAGUGAAUAAACAAAGGCUGUGCUCGAUUCUGACAUGCCAUGGAUAGAGAAACCUUUCACAACUGCAGCAGUUUGGUCAAAAUGCCCAGGCAGAUCCAUCAACAGCACUGCUCAUCUCAUUUCAUGAGUACAUGGGGAGAGAAAUACCCUACUCAAAAUUCUUCAAGAACUACUUGAUCCCGAAUCAACCCUGCAUUUUUUCCAAAAAAUUCACAGAAGACUGGAACUGCAGAAAAAACUGGAUCACAGCUGAUGGCAAACCUAACUUCCAAAGACUUCUACAUGAAUUUGAUGAGACUCCUGUGCCUGUUGCAAACUGCAGUGCAAAAGAAUACAACUCCAACCCGAAGCAGAUCUUGCCUUUUAAGGAGUUUAUCCAGUACUGGAGAGAGUACAUUCAGAAUGGGCAUUCUUCACCCAAAGGAUGUCUUUACUUAAAGGAUUGGCAUAUGCAAAGCAAGAAAGAGGAAUCCUCCCCUGUCUGGGAUUUUUUUUUAAUGGUUGGUCACAAUAAGGUGAAAUGCUUGCUGUGUCCAAAGGAGAUGACAUACAACAAUUACACCUCCUCCAUGCUCAGGCAUUAUCGAGCACUGCACGAGCAUGCACAGACUACUAACAAUCUUUAUCAAUCAAAUCAAAUCAAUAUUUAUCCAAAGUGAAUCUCACAAGAUCUGAGGAUCCACUAUUGGGCUCAACAUAAACAUCUGUAUCCUCAUUUACAGCUGGCACUGACAUUUUUAUGUUUCCCCGCAUCCUCUGUUCUAUGCGAAAGGAUCUUUUCCAAGGCUGGAGAGGUUCUGUCCAAAAGGAGGAAGCCCCAACACACUUGAAAAAAUUCUGUUCCUCAAUAAAAAGAAUGUGUGAUCCUUCCUUCACCCACCCCAAACUGCAGUGUUGCAGUUUGUUCCUCUAAAUCCACAGUCCCAUAAGCACAACACUGCACUAAAACUAGUAGCAGUUUAAUGCACAAAACACACCAGAAACAAUUCUUAACCUUUCCCACCCCACACUUUUCUGUUGCAACUUGCGUUAUUACACUCCCUCCACCAUAAGAACUACACUCAACACAGUCUCGCUUUUGUUGUUCCUACUGUCACUAUCCAAACAAUUUAUGAAUAAUGAAUGAACUGUAUGUGACAGUUUUCUCUGCACAAGUAAAUUCAGACAGAGAGAGAAACAUAUUUUAUUUGAUACCCAGGCAAUGGACAAAUGUCUGCUCAGGUCAUUGAUUCUGUUUUUUUUUUUAUUGGUCUGCUAUUUCUUUGCACAGUAGCUAGGCUCCUCCCCUUUCAGCUUGAUUGAUUACCUUUGAUUCUCCUCUGGACCUGUAGAGUUUAUGCAUUAACAAAUGAGAACGUUCUGGAAUGUCACUAGCCAAUGGAAGGCUUGAUAAAAUUCUGAGAUUUUCUGAAGUUUACUAUUACAUUUUGACAGUUUGUCUAUGGUAGACAAUGAAUGUCAUUUAAAAAGCACCUGAUAUGACUCAAUUAAUAGAGAAUAUUCAUAAAAAUCCCUCUUUUUUUUUUAGAGUUUUUUUUUUGUUUAUCAUUGGAAAAGAUUUGGAAAAAUGUAGAAUUACAGUACAUCACUCCCAAAAGAAUCCUCUGCAGUGAAUGGGUGGCAUCAGAAUGAAAGUCCAAAGAGCUGAUAUAAAUAUCACAAAAAUUCACAAGUAAUUCACAUCAAUUACUGUCUUUUGAAGGGAAAGGCUGUGUGUUUCUAAGAAACAAAUCCAUCGUUAAGAAGUUUUUAACUUCAAACUAUUGCAAACUAUUCAUAAUCCCAGUUAAAGGUGCCAAAGAAUGCACUGAUACAAUAUUUUAAAUAUCUACAUAAAAGGUAUGUGGUUUGGGUAAGGCAAAAAAUCUCCAGAAAUGGAUUUACAUGUCCAUUUACAACCCUGCAUUUGUCCCUAGAAUUAUUUGGAAGGGUCAUGAAUAAUAAUGCUGACUGGCUGUUUCACAGCACAGUUUUCUUCUGUCCAGUGUGAACGAUGAAGAGAUUAGGCAUCCAACCUGAUUUGUUUGAGCCUGUAUCAGACGAAGAACCAGAUUUUGAGAGAUUUUGCAGGAAUGUUUAGCGUCUGAGUCAGGGGUAGGCAAGUUCAGUCCUAGAGAGCCGCAGUCCUGCACUGUUCAGCUCCAAACUUGAAAAAACCCUCACCUUCUUCUUCUUCUUCUUCUUCUUCUUUUUAAUGUUUAACGGCGGUUGGCAUCCAGCAUAAUUGGUGCAUUACCGCCACCCUCUGCUCCGGAGUGUGGAUCAGAAAAACAGGUUCAUAUAUUCAUUUACCCCAUUCCCUCCUACUCCCCUAUCAUAUAUAUCCACACACUUCACCAUUAUUCUACUCUAUUAUAAACCCUCACCUGCCUGUAGCCUUAGUGAUCCUGAAGACAUUGAUGAGCAUGUUCAGGUGUGUUUGAUUAGGGUUGAAGCUGAACUCUGCAGGUAUGCGGCUCAGGACCGAACUUGCCUAACCCUAACCUCUGAGUGAAUGAGGCUUGAGAGAGUUGUCAGUGAAGAUGUGGACGCAGCGUCUGUGUUGCUGUCAUAAGCAUUUUUGGACUUGUCUUUUCCACUUUUUUGACAAUUGAGAAAGUAAAUAAAGAAGGACAGCGAUAUCUUUAUCUAUCUUAAUUGCUAAAUAUUUGAAAACAUUUUGGUCUUUUUUGAUUUAUUUAUCAGUUUUAAUAGCAAUAUCUGGCUAACUAACUUGGUAGGUACUAACUAACUAAAGAAACACCAUGUUAACAGAAUUUAAGAACCAAUUACAAUCAGAUUAGUAAGA